AUGUGACUUCUUGCCUAUAUACACUGGAGGCAGUUUGUCACUUCCUCCUAAACGUGUUUAAUUAUUAAUGAAAUGUAGAUCCUCUGUUCUUUGCUGCCUGGUUUGUAUUAUUCUUAACUUUUUUUUCUUUCUAAUAAUUUGACAAUCAGAAACUACUCGUCCAAUGACGUUGUUUUCUAUCUCCCGUUUGAACAGCAGCAGUUCGCGUGAAAACGUUGAAAUUGGACACCUAGUCAUUUUCUUUCCUUUUCGCCGUAUCCUCCUUCACCACCGCUCUGUAGAAAAGCCGUGAAAUUCCUCAAGUUUUGGUGAGCUUUUGUUCCGAUUGUUUGGCGCAAGAACGAAUGGAUUUUCUCCUGGGUGCCAGACCGCGACACUGCCAACGCAAAGACUAAACUUGCAAACACCCUGCAGUUAUUGAAAAUUUAAACUUUAGUCCGCUUGUGCACACACGUCGGUUGCAAUUAUUCUUCUGCCCCUUGAGUGAAAAAAAGUUUAGGUGAAUAAGCACGGAAUGAAAAGAAGGGUGGAAGGGGGAAAGACGGAGGAAAAGGAGGAGGGAGAAUAAUAAGGAACACAGAAGAGUUAGCUGGAGGAAGAGAAAGUUAUGUGGACAGACUGUCCUCUCAGUUUGACAGCGCGAGAAAUCUAGCCUGUUAUUCUUCUCCCAGGGGAUUCUGACACCCUUCACAACCAGAACAGAGAAAGAUGGAGGGAGAGAAGGAGAGAGAGAGGGAGCGGGGUGAGGAGAAAGAGAGCGACGAGACAGAGGAAGAGGAGAGGGAGAAGGAGAGCGAUGAGGAGGAGGAGGAGGAUGAUGCAGAGGGGGCUGCGAUGGUCUGGCAGGAGGGCUACGGCGAAGAUGACCUGGGAUUACCCAUCAUGCACUGGGAGGCCUUGAGCCUGCGCAUCGCCGAGCUGGAGAAGCAGGAAGAGGAGAGGAAGGAGAAGUCGUCCAGUGUGUUGGAGCGAAGCAGGGUGCCGAUGGCCUGGGCGGAGGCCCGGGAACGAGGCAGGAGCAGGGAGACGUGGGAGGAGGGAGAGGAGGACGGUACCAGCAGGGUGACGGCCCUGACAUCCCGUCUUCAGACCCAGACGAACCUGCAGCUGUGCUUCAUCAACAACAGUGAGAGUGAGGAAGAGGAAGAGGAGGAGAACACUAGGAAAAUGGUGACUGGGAAGAAGGGGGCGGGGCCAGUGCCACAGGCUCCUCCCACUGGCAACAACAGCAAAUCAUCUGGCUUCAAGUUCGAGGUCAGGGCUGCACUGGGCGCGCUCAGAGACAAGCUGAGGACCGAGCAGAAAAAGGAGAGGCCGGUGAGCAGCGAGUCCCUGCUGGGGAAGAGGAGGAGGCUGGACAGGAGUGACCUGGUGACCUUCAGCUCCCAGGAGCUCCAAGCCUUGCACAGCUCUCUUGGCCAGGCCAUCCAAGACCUGAGUGAAGAACUGGUGGGCCGCCUGCAGACCAGAGACCAGCUGAGGACGGAGCAGGACGCCAUGCUGCUGGAGGUACAGGAUAUGACCUCACUCUGACCCCGCCACCUCACUUCCUGUGUCCGGCCGCUUCACCGAACAAUCACUGUGAAGAAGAGACUGCAUCCCUCCGAGAAGGAAGAAGAAAGAUGAAAGACUUUUACAUGAUUUGAUUGCACAACGCUUUGGUUUAUUUUAUUGUUUUUGUGUGUUUUGUGUUUUGUUUUUUUAUUGAGGAAAAUUGUGUAUCCAGUCUAUUUUUAUUGUUUUAAAGGGUUUGAAUUAACCCUGAAAGGGAACAAAACUGGCAGGUUAAGGAAUAAUCACCAUGCUGCUACUGCUUCCUGUGGAGCACCAGUCCUCUGUUAGAUUUCAACGUUUAGAAGCGAUUUUAAAUCUUUCAAUUCCGUUUGUUGGGAAAACCAUUUCAUAGUCUUUGUCCUGAUACAUGAUUGGUGUGUAGUUAAUCCUAGUAAUUAACUGAACGUGGUUCUGUCUUAAAACAAAGCUCUAACUGUCUAACAUCCUGGGGAACGCCAGGAAAAGACUUCCUCUCUGACAGUGAUUCCCCGCCUGUCUCACCCUCGCUCGUCGACUCAGGUCUGCCUGGAAUGACCAGCUUCCUGUCUGUCUGCAUUACUCCUCCAGGCAAGAUCAAUCGAGCCCAGAUGAGGGUUGAGAAGAUGUUUUUAGUUGUUUUUUUAUUUAAUUUUUUUAAUGAGUAAUGUUUGGUGCAGCGGGCUCUAAGGAGAAUGGGCAUACGUGGAAUCUGGCUGUUUGUUGUGAUGAAAACAGAACGAGCUCUCUGGCUUGCCUGGAACACGCACACCUCGUGUUGUGUGAUUAAACACUUCUUUUCGAGGGAGCAAAUGUCACAGUGUGGGUUCACAUGCAGUAGACACAAGUGUACACACACACACACACAGGGGAGCUGGGCACCGCAUACACACAACGCCCUCUGCACACGUUUUUAACACAAACCGUGUUUUCUAACAGUUUGGCCUCUCUGUUUGGGUUUCAAUAAACCAUCGAGCCAA